AUGGAAACACAAAUUGCAAUAGCUACAGAUACAAGUGGACAGCUUGUAUUCAUUGAGUUCACUAAAAAUAUUUAUGGUGCAAUGCAUGCUCUCACAACUUUCUCUCAAUUGAUUUAUAAUGUUAAAGACGAUGAUGAAAAUAAUUCUAUUGCGUAUAUUCCUUUUGCACCACACGAAAUUAAAGAUUAUCCCAAGUAUAAACAUCGUGGAUUAUUAUUAGACACUUCAAGAAAUUAUUACCCUGUUAAAGAUAUCUUGAAAAUUAUAGAAACAAUGAGUUGGAAUAAAUUUAAUGUAUUUCAUUGGCAUAUAGUUGAUGCUACUAGUUGGCCUUAUGUUAGUAAAGAGUUUCCCGAAUUAAGUGAAAAAGGGGCUUAUGAUUCAAAAACAAUGAUUUACACAAAUCAAGAUAUAAAAAACAUUAUUAAUUUCGGACAAAAGAGGGGUGUUCGAAUCAUUCCUGAAUUUGAUAUGCCUGGUCAUACCUUUUCUGUUUCUUAUAGUAAACCAGAAUUAAUUGUGUGUCCAAAUAAGCAGCCAAAUUGGGAUUUGUAUUCAGCAAGCCCUCCAAGCGGUCAAUUGAACCCAGUCAUACCAGAAACCUAUCAAUUUGUUGAGAAGUUAGUUACUGAAAUCACUUCAUUAUUUACUGACAAAUUUUAUCAUUCCGGUGGAGAUGAAAUAAAUAUUAAUUGUUGGAUGAGUGAUGAGUCAAUAAGUGAUUAUAUUGCUAAUAACCCUGGCACAACCGGCGAUACACUGAUCGAGAAAUUUUACAAUGAAUUACAUAAUGUAGUUAGAAAACAAGGGAAAACUCCAAUGAUCUGGGAAGAAGCAAUUGUUAAUCAUAAAUUGAAAUUACCUUCUGAUGUUGUGGUACAAGUUUGGACAAAUGCAAAACAUGUUAAGAAAGUUGUUAAUCAAGGUUAUAGAGUUGUGACUGGUAGUAGUGAUUAUUGGUAUUUGGAUUGUGGUCAUGGUGCAUGGGGAUUAACACCCGAGGAAUCAAAAUUUGUUAUCGGAGGUGAGGUGUUAUUAUGGUCCGAGCAAUCGGAUUCAAUGAACUAUGAAAAUUACUUAUGGCCAAGAUCAUCCUCGGCUGCUGAAGUUCUCUGGUCGGGUAAUUUUGACAUGAAUGGACAAGCCCGUGAUCUUAAAGAUGCAUUACCAAGAUUAAAUGAUUGGAGAUUUAGAAUGGUUUUACGUGGUACUAGGGCUGAUCCAUUACAACCACUUUGGUGUGUUAGAACUAAUCAAUUUAGUUCUUUGGCAAAUGUUUUGGUUGAGGAAGUCGCAGCUGAAGAAGCAGCCCAUUAUGAAGAAGAUGUAAUCGAUGGUAACACAUUACUUUUAAUUACCACCAACAAUGAAAUAUUGAAAACUUGUGAAGUUAUUGAGGGAAAUGAUGUUGGGAAAGAUGAUAGACCAGUAAAAAAUGUUAAAGAAAUCUCCACGCCAAGUUUUAAGAAAUGGAUUGGUGAUGGUAACGAUGAUGAUGGAAUCAAUGAGGAGGAUAUAUCAGACAAAGCAUAUGAACGUCGUCAUAAGAAGUUCGAAUUGUCAGAAAAGAAAUUAAAGAAUCGGGAAAAAGAAAGGCUGCAGUACGAGAGAUACCAGCAGCAGUUGGCAGUUGAGAAGUUACGUAACACUGACUCUAAGACCUUGAUGUCAGUUGCCUCCUUACGAAGUAACGAACCAGCUAAUAAUGAUAUGAUCAGGCUUGAAACAGUGCGUGAAAAAUUGUUAAAAGAAGCGGAGGAUCAAUUGGCAAGAUAUGAUUCGUUAGGAUUAGGAGGGUUAGGAAAAGGAAAAAAUGGUGAAGAAAUAAAAAUCAAAAGACCACGAAUAAAAAAGAACAACACUAUUAGUGGGUCAUUCAUCAACCCAAAUGUACUUGUUUCAACUGCUUCAAGGAAGAGUGCGCGUACACGUACAACAAUGGUUGUGUUUGGAAUAAAAAUUCAAACCAAAAGGUCUAAAAAACAACCACCCAAAGAACUAUUUGGGCCACCAUCACCGAUAUAUGAUGAGAUGUUAAUGGAACGUGAUGAAUGGAGGUUAAAUGAACAUAAAGAACAAGUUGAGGCUAAUAAAGAACUUAAUAACUUUACAAUAGCCAAUCCAAUAUAA